AAUUUUGUUUCUUUGUGUCAUCUUUUCAACCAUAGAUAUAAUAUAGUACAAAAUAAACCUCCCCCUUUGAACAGCUUCAGCUUUCUAGGGGGAGUUUCUCAGAUUUUUGGCUCCUGAACGCAGCAAUGGAGCAAAGAAGAAGAAGCAACACUACCUAUCUCCUCUUGUUCUUCUUCUUCUUAGCCUUCACUUCAAGAACAAGCACAAACGAAAGUUGUUGGCAGAGAACAGUGAAACACUUGUCCACAACUCUGUCUUCAUCUACACCGCUUGAAUCUAGAAUCACUCCCAAGGUUAUUGUGUUUAGCACCAGAGGCAGCUGAUAGUAGUACUAGUAGUUGCAAGUCGGUUAAGAGAAGGUUCCAGAAGGAGCUUGAGCUUCUUGCUAUGUCAAGGCAUAGGAACCUUAUGAGUUUGAGAGGUUAUGUUCGUGAAUCCCAUGAGUUCUCUCUAGUUUAUGAUUACAUGCCGAAUGGUAGUCUUGAAUAUGUGAUGACUAAGGUUAGAGCUAUAAAACUAGAGCUUGGAUGGGAAGUUAGGCUAAAAGUUGCUGUUGGAAUCGUUCAAGGGCUUCAGUAUCUCCAUUUCAGCUGUGAUCAUCAGGUUCUUCAUUAUAACUUGAAACCUACAAAUGUGAUGUUGGAUUCUGAGUUUGAGCCAAGUCUUGCUGAUUGCGGAUUGGCCAAGAUCAUGCCUACUUCACACACAGGAGUGUCUUGCUACUCUGCUCCCGAGUCUUCUCAAAGUAACAGCUUUGGGAUGAUCUUGGGUGUUCUGUUAACCGGAAGAGACCCUACACAACCUUUUUGUGUAGAUGGUGCAAGUGGUAGCAGCUUAGGACAGUGGCUAAAGCAUUUGCAGCAGUCCGGGGAAGCACGAGAAGCAUUAGAUGAGAGUAUUCUUGGAGAGGAAGUGGAGGAAGACAAGAUGUUAAUGGCGUUACGUAUCGCCAUCAUCUGCCUUACUGACUUUCCAGCAGACCGGCCUUCUAGCGAUGAGCUUGUCCACAUGCUUACACAACUGCACAGCUUUUAGCCCUAAUGUUCUUGUACCAAACCUAAGAGGAAUGCAUGAUUUUUCUACAAUCUAUGAGAAGUUAAUUGGUGUGUUGCAGAGUGUU